AUGUGUUGUUACUCUUUUGACCAACAACAUGAAAAAGACAAAUAUAUUUUGCGAGCUGCUAGCAUUGUUGGAUUCGUUGCUCUUAUUCUCUUAUGUGUUGGUUUAGGUCUUCCAUCUUGGUAUGUUGGUUAUAAUAUGGAUACAAAAUCAAUUGUGGCAACAGCUAAUUACUUUUCUACAUGUCAUUUAUAUGAAGAUCAAGCUUCGACAACACUUACAUGUGUUAGUUACUCUUCGUACUUAUGCAAUGAAGUUAUACCGAUUGGAUGUCAGAAUGGAACAAGUCUUGGAUGUAUCAAUCCGAUAAAUAGUUCCAAAUUAUAUCAAUACCUUCAUGCGCCUAUUGCUUAUAUAUCAAAUGAAGAUUUAGCACGAUUACGUGCUUCAGGUGGAAUAGCUAUUGCUGGUAUUAUUAUCUUAGCAAUAUCGAUUGGUUUAACAUUAACAUUAAGCUGUGGUUGUAUUUCUUUUGGUAUACUUUACAUUUCAUUGAUACUUCUUUUUAUAUCUGAUGUUUUUCUUGUCACAUCUCUUGUGACAGGUUCAUUAGUAAUUCGUUAUUAUCAUGUUGGUUGUAGCUUGUUUGUUACAGGUACAAUGAUUACUUUUCUUUUUACAGCUGUCGGUGCAUUUGCUGUGGGUCGACUUGAAGUAACAAGAAAAUCGAAAGUAGACACUGAACAGCGAGCAGAACAGUAUGAAAUAAAAUAA